AUGGUGUGUUCCAAGAAGACUCUCGCUAUUGUCGUUGUUCUGCUGCUGAUGGCUCUCCUUGCCUCGGCCAUUCCAGCAAGCCAAGGUAGUCGUGCCCUGUUAGGAGCCGAGCAGUGCUCCAAAUCUGACAACUGCAAUGAACAGUCGUGUGGGGCGAUGUGCGCCGUCUUGGGGUUGAAUGCUGCUGGGGGUGGAUGGGCUUGCUCACCUAGCAUUGUCCAAUUCUCCUAA